AUGUCAAAGGAGAUCAACAUUCUUCUGGUGGGUGAGACUGGUGCUGGCAAAUCAACCACUUUGAAUGCUCUUGCCAACUAUCUUCGAUUCAGCACCUUUCAAGAAGCUCUAAACUCUGUAACUGAUUUUAGUGAAGUGAUUCCCUCUCAGUUUACGCUGCCUGACCCGAGAACUGGCAGAGACUGCGUCAUCAAAUCAGGUCCUGCUGAUGCCAAUGAACGACACGGAAGCGGAAAUUCUGUCACCCUCGCUCCAACUGGUUAUCGAUUCACCAUCGGUGACCAUAUUUUGCGAGUAAUUGACACGCCUGGAGUGGGCGACACUGGCGGCACUGCUGAUGAUAAGAAGAACUUUGAGCACAUUCUGACCUUUUUGCAAAUGCACAAAGAUCUUCAUGGCAUUCUAGUUAUCGUCAAGGGAAAUGAUUCCCGAAAAACAGCCUUCUUCAACCAAAUUGUUCCCGGCACUUUUGGCCCCGGCCAAGGAUACGAUACUUUAAAGUCAUUUCUUGAAAGUGACAUCAAGUCUGUUGGAAUUACUUUGGAGCCUGGAAAAAACGCCUUUUUCAUUGAGAAUGAUGCUUAUCGCUUUCUGGUGGCCAAAAAGCAAGGGUACCCUUGGAAUGAGUUUCAAGAGCUGCUCUAUCGACAAAGUUGGAACCAUUCAGUGAAGGAGUGCGAAAAGAUGAUGAGUCGCAUUCUGACGGUACCACCGCACAAUCUUUCUGCUACCAUUUCGCUGCACAAUGCCCGAAAGAUCAUCAUGGAGCUGUCCGAGCCAAUUGUUCACCUGUCUCGAAACAUUGAGCAGAACAUUGCUGACAUGCAAAAGCACGAAAGUGAACUACAAAAUGCUACCCACACAAAGGAGGACUUGGCUAAGUUUCUUGAGUUUCAGGUGACCGACUUGGAGAAGCAUCCAAGUGAUAGCCCAAAGAUGGUUUGCACUGCCUCAAAAUGCGUGGAGAUAAUUAAUUUUGAAGGCGAAGAAAAGAUCAACUACCGCACAGUGUGCUGUGAGCCCUGCAACUGUUUCUACUUCAACAACACCUUAAUCGGCGACGUUGCGACGAUGUUCUGCGCUGCCAUGCGACCCAACGUAGAUCUGUCCACACUGGAAACUCUGCUGAGUCCCUCAGUGAACUGCACUGUCUGUGGCUGCAACUGGUCUACCCAUAUGCCUGUUCGCUAUGACUACGUUAAGGUUAUGCGAAAGCUGGUGGAUAGAGACGUUGAACGACAGCUAGAAGAAGCGAAUGAUGCUAUUGAGCAGAAGAAUAUUCUUAUCAAGGUGGCUAACGAGCAGAUCGAAAAGCUGAAGCAGGAGAAGGCAACAAUUGAAAACAUUGGAUCGCAGUUUNAACGACAGCUAGAAGAAGCGAAUGAUGCUAUUGAGCAGAAGAAUAUUCUUAUCAAGGUGGCUAACGAGCAGAUCGAAAAGCUGAAGCAGGAGAAGGCAACAAUUGAAAACAUUGGAUCGCAGUUUGCUUACUUUUUGACGGAUAAUUCGAUGUUUACUCACAACCGCUACUUUGACAACUAUCUCGACAUGCUGAUUGACCAGUAG